AUGGGAAAGAUGUUUGGCAAGAAUCCGACCCACGCUCACCGAUUACUGCGAGAGAGGCUUCAACCGGGAAAUUGCCCGCAAAGGUAUAAAGGAUACCAAUCAGAAGGUAUGAUGGGUUUAGUGUAUCGCUCACUCCUCUCGUGUGUACUCAACGUCAUAGACGGCGACGCGACUAAAGACUGCAGAGAAGAGGGCAUAGAAGUGGCCAAACAAUAUCUCCAAAACUUCGCAAACAGAAUCUUGUGGGAAGACUAUAUACAUUGGAAAACACUGGCGGAUGUGAUGAUUGCCGUAUCCUUACUUACCUCUUUCGACAUGACCGCCGAUACCUAUGCGGCGACAACUGAGCCAUCAUUAGGUCUAUCGGACGGCUCCGUACACAUUGAAUGGCCCGACUAUCUCGUCAUUGCAUUAUAUUUUAUCAGCAUUUUGGGCGUAGGAUUCUGGUCUUCGAGAAAAAGUAAAGGCGAUUCAGUGGACGGUUACUUCUUGGCCAACAGGAGUAUGCAUUGGAUUCCCGUCGGUUUAGCCACUGUGGGCGCCUCCUUAUUCUCCAGUAAUGUGGGCAGCGGUUCGUUUGUAGGACUGGCCGGUUCUGGUGCCAGCUCUGGCCUAUCCAUCGCAGCCUUUGAAUUAAAUGCACUUUUCGUAUUGCUAGUGUUGGCUUACUUUUUUCUACCAGUUUAUAUUGCUUCCGGAGUGAGCACAAUGCCUGAAUAUCUAAGAAAACGAUUUGGUGGCCAACGGAUCCGUAUAUAUAUGUCAGUGUUGGCCCUAUUGCUCUACAUCUUCACCAAAAUAUCUGCUGAUCUCUACGCGGGAGCCCUUUUCAUCAAACAAUCAUUGGGUCUAAACAUGUAUGUGUCGGUUGUGAUACUACUGGCCAUAUCGGCCGUCUUCACUAUGGCUGGAGGUCUAACUACAGUUAUUUGGACGGACACUGUUCAAACAUUUCUUAUGGUUAUCGGCGCACUUGUGCUCACUAUAUUAAGUUUGAAUGAAGUGGGAAGAGAGUACAAUAAUCCGAGCGGUUAUAAUGAAUUAAUGGACAAUUUCAGGACUCGGGGUGAAUCCAAAAAUCCACACUAUAUUAUCAUUGAUAACAGCACUAACCAGUCGUGUAGUGCUAUUACACCCUAUUAUAGGAAUUUGUUGAGACCCUGGGAUGAUGUGGACCUUCCCUGGACAGGUAUGGUGUUUGGCAUUACCAUAUCGGCCGUAUGGUACUGGUGCUCUGACCAAGUUAUAGUGCAAAGAGCGCUGUCGGCCAGGAGUUACUCACACGCGAAGGCCGGCUGUACUCUGUGUUCAUUCAUUAAGAUUUCACCAUUUUAUCUGUUGGUUAUGCCGGGAAUGGCCGCCCGAGCGCUGUGGCCG